AUGCAGCCGAUGACGAAGACCUUGAGGGUAGCUGCUGGAUGUAACGGAGCGCUAACGGUCCUUGUCACCUCGCUGUCCCAUUCACUGCCUCGGGAAAUGCUCUCUUUUCCGACCUCAUUCAGUCCGCUUCGGGAAACUCCGACGGGGCACAAUCAGCGGGAGGCGGAGCAUCCGGCACCGAACCAGCCGAUAGGGGAUGGACAGUAA